AUGAAGAGACCUGCCUCCUCAUGGAACUAUCAAGCAAAGAAAGCCUUGCUACAUAAAGACCAUUAUCACAUUUUCUCUCUCUUCUCCUCCAUGGAAGAAGGCUACGAUUCGACCUCCGAUCAUGAACAGCAGCAGCUACCAAUUGUGCCUUCAAUAAGGCGACGGGCAGGACAUGUGCUGUUCAAAUGCGUGAGAUGCUACAAAGUGUUUGGCAAUCGUGAUAAGCUGAAAGACCACAUGAAUGUACACUUUGCGAGAGAACAUCCAGUGAAGAGAACAUUGACUCUGCUUGAGACGAGCCAGAACUACAGGCACCACCAUGUUGCUGCUCAGGAAGGUCCAUCCAUGGAUCGAGGUGAGCUGUACCUGUUUCCAGACCCUCUGAAGCUCAGUCUGGCUCCACCGGAGCCAGCAUUGUCGCUAGAACUCACUCUGGCGACUGGAGUUCAUUACAAUUUUGGUGGGAACAACAACCAGAAGAAAAAUGGGAAGGGAGUGGAAGGUGGUGAUAAUUAG